AUGAAAAGAGGGCGAGACGGAAUAAAUAAAAACCGGAAGUGCAGGGAAAGAGCUUCACGGGCGCUAACGUCCACCUGUCUCUGUCCGUGUGAUGUAGACGAGUUUCGGGGGUGCUCGGUGGUGGAGCUGAUGAAGAAGGAGGGCACGACGCUCGGACUCACGGUCUCAGGGGGCAUCGACAAAGACGGGAAGCCCCGGGUUUCAAACCUGCGACAGGGAGGCAUCGCUGCCAGGAGCGACCAGCUGAACGUGGGCGACUACAUCCGAGCCGUCAACGGCAUCAACCUCUCCAAGUUCAGACACGACGAGAUCAUCAGUCUGCUGAAGAACGUCGGGGAGCGAGUCGUUCUGGAGGUGGAGUACGAGCUACCGCCCGUCUCGGUCCAGGGGUCAGGGGUCGUGUUCAAGAACGUGGAAGUCACGCUUCACAAAGAUGGAAACAGCUUCGGCUUCGUCAUCAGAGGGGGGGCUCAUGAAGACAGGAACAAGUCCCGGCCGAUCGUCAUAACGACCGUACGGCCCGGCGGCCCGGCCGACAGAGAAGGAACCGUCAAACCCGGAGACCGGCUGCUGAGCAUCGACGGGAUCCGUCUCCACGGCAACACGCUGUCGGAGGCCAUGAGCAUCCUGAAGCAGUGCGGACAGGAGGCCACGCUGCUGCUGGAGUACGACGUCUCGGUGAUGGAUUCCGUUGCCACGGCGUCGGGGCCGUUGCUGGUGGAGGUUGCCAAGGCGACAGGCUCCAGCCUGGGCGUGGCCCUGUCCACCUCCAUGUUCUGCAGCAAGCAGGUGAUCGUCAUCGACAAGGUGAAACCCGCCAGCAUAGCGGACAGGUGUGGUGCUCUUCACGCAGGAGAUCACAUUCUGUCUGUUGAUGGGAAGUCGAUGGAGUUUUGUUCCCUGGCUGAAGCCACUCAGCUGCUCUCUGCCUCCUGUCAGACCGUCCGCAUGGAGAUCCUGCCCCAGCACCAGGCCCGACCGGCCCUGAACGCACCACAGCACGGUAUACACACACAGCACCAGGCCCGACCGGCCCUGAACGCACCACAACAAGGUGUAAACACACACCAGGCCAAACUGGGCUUGAACGCACCCCAGCACGGUAUAAACACACAGCAGGCCCGACCGGCCCUGAACGCACCACAGCACGGUAUAAACAAACACCAGGCCCGACCGGCCCUGAACGCACCACAGCAUGGUAUAAACACACACCAGGCCCGACCGGCCCUGAAUGCACCACAGCACGGUAUAAACACACACACCAGGCCAAACUGGGCUUGAACGCACCACCGCACGGUAUAAACACACAGCACCAGGCCCGACCGGCCCUGAACGCACCACAGCACGGUAUAAACACACACCAGGCCAAACUGGGGUUGAACACACC